AAAUAAUUUGUACUUGUUCAUUUCUCCUUUAGCUGCUUUGCCUACAUGAGAAUUACAGGGCGCAAGUGUCUGUGCUCUGCAUAGUUUAUUUACAGCUCUACAAUGACAGAGCUGGGACAUUUCUUUAAAAAAAAUGAUACAAUUGUGUUGCUACAGCAUUAGAUAUAACAAUAGACCUGGAUCAGGAAUGCUCUUUAUGUCUAGUUAUUAGCUGGAUCUACAGUUGUUGUGACCUGGGGGUUUAAGUUGGUUCUGUCUGAGAAAUAUUUAUAGAUGAAUGUUAAAAAAAUUAUACACCCUACUUGCAGAUUUCAACAAUCCUGAAAUGAUAUGAUAACACUGUUAAUUUGAUGGACUAUAUAUUAAAUAUGGUGUAUCAUGAAAUUAGAGUUAAAUAUUACAUCAACUUGUAUAGUAUGAAUUGUAUACAGCUUCAUUCAUAUACUGUAUCUCACACACACACACAUGGGUUUUUUAAAACAAUGUUCAAUCAUCCAUUUAAAAGGAAAAAGAACUUACUAAAAUAGGAUUAACUACCCAGUAUUGAAACAGUUGUGAUCAUGAAUAUCAGAUCUCAUGUUUUCUUUGUUCCUGUAUGUGCCUACGUUGGUAAUUGUCUAAUUGACUAGAAAUGUAUAUUUUCAAUGAGUACCGUAAUAAGAACAAGUUUAAAACAACUGUUACUUCAUCGGCCUGAUUAUUACAUUGAUGACCUGUUUAAUACCUCUCUAUUGUAUUUCAAGCCGAAUAGGCCAGUGGACACAUAACAGUAAGACAAAUUAAUAGCCUUGCGAUUUCUAUUAUUUUAUUUAACCACAGUCUUGGUAUCAAUUCAUCAUUUUGUAAUGUAAUCUGAUGCCAGGUAUACUAAGCCAUUUAAUAACUGACCUUAUGUACUGAAAGUUACUCACCUAAAAAAAAUAUUUCAAUUAGUUUAUAGCCAGUUGCCAGCCUGGCUGGUAACUUUUCAAAUUCAUUUUCUCAAAGCUCAUUUCACUAUCCUAUCAUGGCAUCACUGGUUUAGUUGUAUGAACUAUAUAUUUUUGGUCCUUUUUAAGAAAUAAGAGAAAAAAAAAUUGAAUUCAUCAUCUUUAAAACUGUUGUAUGAAACCAAGUUUAAAAACAAAAAAAAAAGAUAUUAAAAAGAACUUGUGAACUAACAGUUUUGUUGUAACUAUAUCUUAUACCAUUCAAACAAAAUAUACUCAACAUGUUGUUUUACAUAUUCCUUAGCAAAUAAAAAUUUCAAUACAUGUUCAUAAUUUCAAUACAUUUUCAUUGACAUGCGCAUUAAUACUAAGCCAACAGAUUGUUUAAAAUUUACAUAGUUUAUGUACAUAUAUUUUUAACCCCCAUAACAUCUAGUCCAACUAUUCCUGCAAUAUAGUCUUGUAACCUUGACCUUUUGCCCAGAGUCUCCAAAAUAUCUGCUGGUGAAUAAAAGAGAUGAUGAUGCGGCUGAAGCAGCUCUGAUUUGGUUAAGAAAAACAAGCGAUGUGUCUGAAGAGAUGGAGGCCAUGAGGAAAGAAGGACAGGACCUCAGGAACUCACCAAAGGUCACUAAGGUCAGAAGUGUACACACACUUGUAUGUCUGUCGUCAAUACAUCAAGUGCACAAAGGCCAGCAACUCCUUGUGUAUCUCAUAUUAAAAUGUAUUUUGUUUAUCUCUCAACAUUUACAUCAUCUGCCCUAUACAUCACAAGGUCUGAAAUGGUUUAGUGUGCUUGAUUUGAUGAGGACCAGUGAUUUGCGAUGGCCACUAAUUAUAUGCGUAGUACUACAAAUGUCUCAACAGUUUUCUGGCAUCAUUGCUAAGUCACUAGAAACAUAUUCCUUUCUGCCUUUCUCUGUCAUGCUGUUGUUGUUCUUCAUCUUCACCUAUAUGUUUGUCCCAGAGACCAAAGGCAAAAGUAUUUCUGAGAUUACCCAGCUGUUUAAAUCUCCCACUAUGGAUAGAUCAGAAUUCAGAAAUUCCUACAAAAGCUCAAAGAACAGAUACAGCACCCAAGUCUUGAUAAUUGAUCCACCUCUCUCAGAAAAAGGGACGGAAUAUUAUAUCGAGUCCAGCUACUUAUAGAAUUUAGGUGGCUGAACAAUUUUGGCGGCUGUUUUAUUUUUUGAAAUGUUAGUCCUUUGAUUUAGUUUCAUGUUGUUGGAUAAAUUUGUUAUUAAUAACAUUUUAUUAUACAGGGCUUUCAUUAAUUUAUCAAUGCAAAUACAAUUAAUCAGUUUUAAAAAAUAUAUUCAUCAUUUUAAAUGACAACUUUUGUUAUAUUGUUCUAAAUAUGUAUGAUCAUGUAUCAACAUACCUCAAUAGAAUUGUGAUAACACACCACAACAGUUGUUUAUGAGAUACCAUUUAAUACAUUUAAAGGAGGCCAGAGACUUUCUUCCAAUAAAGUGAUUUAAAACUAUGUACUCCAUCAGUUUUUUAUAUUAUAUUUAUAAAACUAAUUAAAGCAGUUGUAUUCUGGCUGACAAUGUCUGUGCUGAAUGUGGCAAAUCUGGUUGUGGCAAACUAUGUAAGUUGCAGCUGGAGCUAGGUAGCCAUGGGAAGUACUGCUUUCAUUAAAUCUUCAGACUUGAAGACAAGCCUUAUUAUUAUUAAUCUGGCCAGUGAUUUCAGUGCAAUAUGAACACUAAUGUUUUGUGUAACUAUUUUUCAAUAAGAUUGUUUUCUAUGAAAAAUAUUUUUAUUAUAAGUUUCAACUUUUAUUAGCACUGAUUACUUGAAUGAGAUUGUGAGAUUCUGUUUUCAGUUAUUUAAUAUUGAUAUUUUUCAUGUAAAUGUUUUGUUUUGGAUGUUCCUUUGUAAUUGAAGAUUAUUACAUCCUAGCCCAAACUUCCUGCAGGACAAGGUUUGAGCCCAGGAAAUUUGAGAUGACAGUCCAGAGCGUGUACCACAUCACCAGUCAACCCAAAGGCCCAAUAUUGGUCCUGUUUGAGCAUCUUAAAUAUAUACUGGUGACUUGAAAACAAAGUAGAACUUUUUUCUAUUUAGUUUUUAGGAAAAAUAAAAUAAUCAAAAGUUAUUCCAGUAAGUAAAAUACCCUUUCAUACCUUGGGGCAGAUGAUGUUAAUGCCAUCUGUUUCUGUGGCUUCCGGUUAAUGAUGAUGUCAUGUGACCAGCACAACGACCAACCACCUUUACUUUUUCUUGACUAGUGUCAGGCACCCAUUAGAGUUGGCAGAAUCUGGUGCCCUAUAUAUCCCUUAAAUAAAAAAUCCCAGUCCAGAUUUGAACCUGGGAUCUCUCGGUUCUGCAGCCAAGCUGGGACCCAAUGGUUCUGCAGCCAAGUGCUUUACCACUGAGCCACUGCGUCUCGUAAAAGGUAUCCAAUCUUACAUAAAGCUGCAUAAAACUACAUGUUCCUGAGCCAAUCAGACCAUUAAAAAAUAUAAGCAUUUUUUAUUAGUAGAUUUUUAACAAACAGUUCACCAGAAAUUAAACACUAAAUUGUGUAGCAACUUCUCCUUCAUGGUCAGAGACUAGCACAAUCUCAUUUCCCAUAAACUUGAAGAUGCCUUUUUUUUUUGUUUACUUUUAAAUUGCUUUUGAGUAGUGCAACUGUCAUGCUUGUAGUAUUAUGCCCAAUCUCUUUUGGACCAGUGGGGGGAAAUGAAGAUUGGGGUGAAAAUUUCGAUACUGUCGUUAGGCACUCGGCUAACACAACAUAGCUUGAGUAGGAUUUGAACCUUAGCCCCCUUGAUAGGUGGCCAACUGGUUUUUUCCUCUCAGCCACAUAUACCAUUAAUAGAUAAAAUUUAUAAAAUUAUACCAUUAAUAGAUAAAAUUAUUCUGUCACCACCAUCAUCACCACUUGGCUGUUUACCAAAGUAAAGGGAUUGUUAAAGAGUUUGAUUAAUUAAAUCUAUUAAUCAAUAAUUCAUUUGAUGUCCAUCAGUUAUUUGUUUUAUGAGAAGGUAAUGAUUUUCCUUUGUUUAUAAGCUUUCUAGGCAGCAUGUAGUUAUUCCUUGAGAAUUAGAACUGCAAAACUGCUUGGGUGUAUGUUAUGUAGUACUGACUGUCAUCACAAGGGUCCUGAAAUCCCACCUGUUGCUGUGCCUUAAGAAUUUGGCCUCUCUGGUCACAAAAGAAAUUG